GACAAUUAGAAUCAAAUCGAAACACCCAAGUCCAACCAAGUGAAUCAAUAAGGCUCUUUUCCAAAGCAGAAAAAUAUAUUUUCUGUUCAAUGUGUAGAAGUAGCAGAGUUGUUUGAGUAUCUUGUGGUCCACUAAAAAGGAUUUCAUUCAUAUAAAUACGACCGGUUGUCAUUUUAUGUACCUGCUCAACGAAGCAUUGACAACAGAUAUGGACUGGAAUUUCGUAUGCGGGAGUCCCUCUCUCAUUUUCUGGUCAAACGGUAACAUCGGGAAAUGCUUUGGUCAGCUAGCUCUCAGUUUACCAUCCAGUGUGGUGUUGACUGCAGUGUCAUCCUACUAUCUAGGCAAAGAGUACAACUGGGUCAUUCGAGAUCGAGUGCAAGUCACUGUCCUGUCACUGAGAGCAUUCAUUUGCCUAUUUUUAGCUUUUAUUCCAUUUUCAAAUCUUAUAGUAAAAUCUUACUUCCAUGAAGGCCUGUUCUUGAUGGAUUACAUGGUCAGCUUUGUCACAACAUUUAGCUGGCUCUGCCACAUGUUGUACAUCAUGAUCCUGAAGCAGAGGGUAUCUAGGAGCCUCCGAGGGCCUCUCUCCUCACUAGCUGCAUGGAUGCUUACCAUCAUCCCUUGUGCUUUCCAACUGAGGGGAAACUUUCAUGAAUUUCAUGACAAGACAUUGCAAAAUCCAGAGUUCUGGCUGGACAUGUCCUAUGCAGUUCUUCAGUUCUUCUACUUAUUCACUUUGAUUCCAUAUGGCAUGGCCGAUGUUACUGGUUUCGAUAGAACCUUCCAAUCCCUUGCGGACGAAAACCUCAGCCAACGACGAUUGCUACAUUACAAUCGUUUCGACAUUGAUUUUGAUCGGUUCUACCUCGGCAUCGCACGGGAAGGUGUCACCUUCCUCUCACGUCUCUUCCUAUCGUGGGUGCAACCCCUGAUGAAGAAAGGAAGUCGAAAACAACUAAACUCUCCAGAUGAUUUAUUUGAUUUACCUCGCAAAACCACGUCGCAAUUGGUGGCACCUCAGUUUGAACGUCAAAUGAACGAAACACAAUCUGUCGUCAAAUCCCUCCGUAAUUGCUUCGGUUCAUCAUUCUACCUCAUCGGUUUGCUCAAAUUCACGGGCGAUGCUUUGGGAUUUGUUGGGCCGUUAGUCCUGUCGGCCUUGGUCCAGUUUAUCGACAACAAAACCGAACCUAUGCUCUUUGGUUAUUUGUGUGCAGCAGCCCUUUGCCUCGCCUCGUUUACCGCGGCUCUCUGUAAUGUUCACUUCAACUUCAAAGUCAGUGAAAUUGCUCUCCGGAUGCGCAUUGCUCUCAUUUCAACUAUUUACAAUAAAACCCUUCGAGUGAGCUCAGCAGAUCUUUCUCAAUUCAGUUCUGGAGAUAUCGUCAACAUGAUGAGUAUCGACACAGAUCGUAUCAUCAAUUUUUGUCCCAGUUUUCACGCAUUUUGGAGCCUUCCUCUUCAGAUUGGUGUCACAUUGUAUUUGCUGUAUGCCCAAGUGGGCCUUGCUUUUCUUGCCGGACUCAGUUUUGCGCUUCUUUUGAUACCCAUAAACAGAUGGAUUGCAGUUAAAGUAGGUAAAUACAGCGGAGAAAUGAUGACGGCCAAGGACAAACGAGUCAGACUCCUCAACGAACUUUUGACUGGCAUUCGUGUCGUGAAAUUCUACGCCUGGGAAAAGCAUUUCCGCCGUCGGAUCGAACAGCUUCGAGCCGAAGAGCUCAAAGCCCUGAAAACCCGCAAAUAUUUAGACGCACUUUGCGUCUACUUUUGGGCCACGACGCCCGUCCUGGUGGCUAUUCUCACCUUUGCCACAUUUGUUUUGAUGGGCGGAACUUUAACCUCCGCCAAAGUCUUUACUUGCAUGGCCUUAUUUAACAUGCUCAUCAGCCCACUCAACGCAUUUCCUUGGGUCAUUGGAGGACUAGUUGAAGCCUGGGUUUCCCUCAAACGCGUCCGGAAAUUAAUUCAGCUUCCCAAUAUGGAUUCCGGAUCAUAUUACAGUGCAAAACGAGUGGAACCUGAUGCCCAGGCUACGCUUAUUAUGGAACAAGCCGAGUUCUCAUGGCAAUCGGCUGGCGAUAGCUUCCGACUCAGUGAUUUGAAUGUGAGGAUAACUAAAGGACAAUUCAUCGGAGUCAUUGGCAAAGUGGGCAGCGGCAAAAGUUCAUUCCUUCAGGCUAUUACGGGCAAUUUAGUCAAGAGAAAUGGCAGCAUCUACGUCCGGCAUUGGCAACAAGGCAUGGCGAUUGUGACUCAAGAGCCUUGGAUUCAGCGUGGAACGAUUCGAGACAACAUCUUAUUCGGCAAACCGUACGAUGCUGGCAAGUACCGUGUCGUCCUGGAAGUCUGCGCUCUGAACGCCGAUUUGCGGAUGUUAACUGAAGGUGAUCAAACUGAAAUCGGAGAUAACGGAGUAACGCUUAGUGGUGGACAAAAAGCACGCAUCGCUCUGGCAAGGGCCGUUUAUCAGGACAAGGGUUUUUACUUGAUGGACGAUGUGCUCUCGGCUGUCGAUUCCCAAGUAGCCAGACAUUUGGUUGACGCUUUAAUGGUGGAUUACCUUCGGAACAAAACUCGCGUCUUGUGUACACAUCACGCCCAAUUUUUGCAGUCAGCUGACUGGGUCCUCGUUUUCCAAGAUGGACAAUUAAUCUCACAAGGUCCACCGUCGAAAAUUUUAACGUCGUUCCUAGAUGGAUCGAACCAAACUGGAAGACCAACGAAAUCGACUUCCACCGUAUUGGACGAAAGAGAAGCAGCGAUCCCAUUAGAAGAAGAAAGAUGCACGGGCCAAGUCGAAUUUGAUAUUGUUUCCACUUACUGGAAAGCCGUUGGAAUGUAUGUCUCGCCCAUCAUCUUGGCCAUGCUGCUAUUAAUGCAGUCGACGCGGAACGUGUCCGACUGGUGGCUGGCCCACUGGGUCUCUGAACUGCAGAACGAAACGAUCAACGGGACGUUCAUCGUAGGAGGAGGAGAUGAUUACGAUCCUACCUUCUACCUGGCCGUCUAUGGAGGCAUUGCUGCAGCCAACACGAUCUUCACUUUCUUCCGGGCAUUUCUCUUUGCAUACGGCGGAUUAAAAGCCACAACAUUUUUACACAGUCGCCUAAUAGACGUUGUGUUACAAGCCAAAAUCAUCUUCUUCGACACAACACCCGUAGGCAGAAUCUUGAAUCGACUGUCAUCCGACAUCUACGCCAUCGACGAAUCUCUGCCAUUUGUUCUCAACAUCUUUUUGGCCCAGAUUUUCGGACUUUUCGGCACAAUUAUUGUUACCUGCGUGGGAAUUCCAUGGAUCUCGUUGUUGCUCUUACCUCUUGGCUUCAUUUAUUUCAAUCUACAACAUUUUUAUCGACACACUUCACGUGAGCUGAAACGGCUAUCAACCGUCACUCUCUCGCCCAUUUAUUCGCGUUUUGCCGAAACCCUCAGCGGCCUGGUAACGAUUCGCUCAACAGAUAAUUCGACCUCACGUUUUGCUCAAGAGAACCUGGACAUGGUGGAAGAUAAUGUCAAAACUCAGUUCGCAAGUCAAGCCGCUGCCAAUUGGCUUGGCUUACGGUUGCAAUUGAUCGGUGUGGCAAUGGUGACAGGUGUUGGCAUAUUCGCCGUUGUCCAGCAUCACAUACACACCGUCGAUCCUGGACUCGUAGGAUUGGCCAUUUCUUAUGCAUUGUCCAUUACGGGCGUACUAUCCGGCGUUGUGACGUCGUUUGUCGAAACUGAAAAGGAAAUGGUGAGCGUAGAGCGCGUCCACGGUUAUAUCCAACGACUUCCAGCAGAACCUUCCACGUCAUCGAGAGUAGCUCUACCGACGUCCUGGCCAAGUCAAGGUUGCAUCACCUUUCAAAGAGUGUCGAUGAGAUACAGGGAACACUUUCCAUUGGCUGUGAAAGACAUUAAUUUUGAAAUCCGUCCGUCGGAGAAAGUAGGAAUUGUUGGAAGAACGGGCUCAGGAAAAACAACACUCUUCCAAAUUCUAUUCCGGCUGGUGGAGAUCAGUUCGGGAGAAGUGCAAAUUGACGGUGUCAAUAUCCAAUCUCUUAGUCUCUUCGAUUUAAGGUCUCGGCUGGCCAUCAUUCCACAAGAUCCUUUCAUAUUUAGCGGGACGAUUCGUGAAAAUCUAGAUCCCACUUCACAGCAUACAGAUGGCCAACUCUGGAAGUGUUUAGAACGAUGUCAUUUGAAAGAAACGAUUACCAGAAUGGCAUCUGGUUUGUCCACCGACGUGCAAGAGCGUGGCAAAUUGUUUUCCGUUGGACAAAAACAACUUCUUUGUCUUGCUCGAGCUCUUCUACUCAAUUCUAAAGUGAUAUGCAUUGAUGAAGCGACUGCCAGUGUCGAUGCAGAGACAGAUCGCUUAAUCCAGAAAACGAUUCGCUCAGCAUUCCGCCAUUCGACAGUGCUAACAAUAGCUCACCGACUAGAAACAAUUAUGGAUUCGGAUCGCGUAGCCGUCAUAAGCGCCGGACAGCUGAUUGAGUUUGACUCACCUUCAAAACUGUUGGAAAAUCCAGUGUCUCAUUUUUCUCAACUGGUGAACGGCUGAAUUCAUCGUCUGCUCCAAAUCAAACGUAUGAAACAAUUUAAUGAGAUUAUCAAAAUUGUAGUUAGCAAUUUGGGUUUCGUUUUUUCUUUAUUCACCAAAGAUUCUCUUGAGUUUACUUUUACUGUGCAAAUGAUCAUCUCUUACACCUAUGGCAAUCGACUAGUAAAAAGAAUGGCCUACACGGAAACUAGUCCGUCGAAUGUUUAUUAGAUUCUCUUCAUAGUAUUCUUUUUCUUACUAGUAAUAAUCACGCCUUUGUUUUUCGUUUCAAAUCAUCAGUUGGUUAGUGAUCUCUUUCCAGGGUUGUAAUUCUCUUGUAUAUUAUCAUUUUCCUCUACUCUUUAGUUGUUGAAACCGGGUCGUCAAAUUGUAUUAUAUUAAACAUUUACGUUGCUGGUGGUGGUGGUGUUAUAUAUAUAAUUAAAACAUGAUGUCAUCGUCGUCUUCUGCAA